AUGGCUCAGGUGUUUAACAACUCUCGCUCCGAUACCCUUUUUCUUGGCGGAGAAAAGAUCAGUGGUGAUGAUAUCAGAAAUCAGAAUGUGCUAGCCACGAUGGCUGUGGCCAAUGUGGUUAAAUCGUCAUUGGGACCUGUUGGUCUGGACAAGAUGUUGGUGGAUGACAUUGGAGACUUCACAGUCACUAACGAUGGGGCUACGAUUUUGUCUCUGCUGGACGUGCAACAUCCGGCAGGCAAGAUUCUCGUGGAAUUGGCUCAGCAGCAGGACCGCGAGAUCGGCGACGGAACCACCAGUGUGGUCAUCAUCGCGUCUGAGCUUUUCAAAAGAGCAAACGAGCUGGUCAAGAACAAAAUUCAUCCUACAACGAUCAUCACCGGUUACAGAGUGGCUUUGAGAGAAGCGAUCAGGUUCAUCAAUGAAGUACUGUCUUUGAAUGUCGAGAGUUUGGGCAAGGAAACCCUGGUUAACAUCGCUAAGACGAGCAUGUCUUCAAAGAUCAUUGGCGCAGACUCUGAUUUUUUCAGCAACAUGGUCGUGGACGCUAUCCUCGCCGUCAAGACACAGAACACCAAAGGCGAAACGAAGUACCCCGUCAAGGCGGUCAACAUUUUGAAAGCUCAUGGCAAGUCUGCCAGAGAGUCUGUUUUGGUUCAGGGUUACGCUUUGAACUGUACGGUAGCUUCACAGGCAAUGCCCAAGAGGAUUGCCGGUGGGAACGUCAAGAUUGCAUGUUUGGACAUCAACUUGCAGAAGGCCCGUAUGGCCAUGGGCGUGCAAAUUAACAUCGACGAUCCAGACCAACUGGAGGAGAUUCGUAAGCGUGAAGCCGGCAUGGUACUAGAAAGAGUUAGAAAGAUCAUCGACGCAGGUGCCCAAGUUGUGUUAACUACCAAAGGUAUCGAUGAUCUGUGCUUGAAGGAGUUUGUCGAGGCAAAGAUUAUGGCUGUGAGACGCUGUAAAAAGGAGGAUUUGAGAAGAAUUGCGCGUGCUACGGGUGCCACUUUGAUCAGUUCUAUGUCCAAUCUGGAAGGUGAUGAAACCUUCGAGCCAAGCUAUCUCGGAAUCUGUAACGAAGUGAUACAGGAGAAAUUCUCCGACGACGAGUGCAUUCUAAUCAAGGGUACAUCUAAACACUCUUCCUCUUCAAUCGUGCUUCGUGGUGCCAACGACUACUCAUUGGACGAAAUGGAACGUUCGCUGCACGACUCUCUGUCCGUCGUCAAAAGAACGCUGGAGAGCGGAAACGUCGUGCCAGGUGGUGGUUGUGUGGAGACAGCCUUGAACAUAUACCUGGACAACUUUGCCACCACUGUAGGUUCCCGCGAGCAAUUGGCGAUCGCCGAGUUCGCCGGCGCUUUACUGAUAAUCCCAAAGACGCUAGCCGUGAAUGCGGCCAAGGACUCCAGCGAGCUAAUCGCAAAGCUGAGAUCUUACCACGCGGCCAGUCAGCAGGCCAAACUUGAGGACUCCAAGAGAAGAAACUACAGAAACUACGGUCUCGAUCUAAUCAGAGGGAAAAUUGUCGACGAAGUGCAGUCAGGCGUCCUGGAACCAACCAUCAGCAAAGUCAAGUCUUUGAAAUCCGCCUUGGAAGCCUGUGUCGCCAUCCUGAGAAUCGACACCAUGAUAAAUGUCGACCCAGAGCCACCAAAGGAGGAUCCACACGACCAUAUGUAA